AUGUCACAUUUCGAUUCCGAAUUGGAGAGAAUCAAUAAACGAUGUAUAACAUUAUUGGUUAUUUCCAGUGGAUUUAAGAAGACGAACCUUAAAUUUGGAGAACUCAUACAAGAUUCCAAAAUUCCAAGUCGGUUGGGCUAG